AUGCAUGUAUCCGACAAUAGAUUACUUGAUCAGAAUAAACUGAAUCCUAUUGAAUCAUGGCCGAGAAAUACACUACACAGUUUUGAAUCUCCUUACUAUGCUGGUAGUCGAAAGGACAAAUACACUAAACCGUUGAAUCAUUCAGCUGAAAUAUGUGAACGUUGGUUAGGCAAUCAAGAUGACUAUACUGACAGAAAAGAUCCACUCGAUUUAUCUGACUUACCAAAUUAUAAAAUGACGAGUAAUUAUCUGCAAAACACUCAUGGUUUUACAUAUCAAUUAGAUGAAAAAGUUUCCAGUUCAGAGUAUAGUGAAGCAGAACGAGAUGGACAGCUGGACUAUCAGCGACCAUCCAAUACUGAUCUACUGACAAACACUCCUUAUGAUGAUUCAUGCUACAAAAGUGAUAUAAAUUCUUCACGCUAUAAGCAUGAAAAAACUGAUCAUGGUCUAUUUGACGUGAAAAAUCAGAUUUCAGUGGAAAGUGCUAAAAAGAUGUUAAGUUCACGGAAUUCUUCAUCAAAUCGUGCUUAUUCUGCAGAAAAACAGAAUAAAUUAUCUGCAUAUCAUAUCAAAGCACAUACUGUACAACAUGGUAUACCAACAGGAAAUUUACCAAAUGGAUCAACAAUUGCAGCUAAUAUCCUGGUUCAUCGACAUCAACCAGUUAGUCAUCAAGUGAUGACAAAGACUGCAGGAGUUAAUUUCUCACGAUGUCUACAUCCUCCUCCCCCUCCUGCUCACCAUCAUCAGCAGCAACAUUCAUCUACACCACGGCUAUGUUCUGACUCAUAUUCACAUAAACAUGUCUGAUCUUAAUCAAUUGAUUGAUUUAAUAUGUUAAUUUAUCAUUAUUUCUAAUCUUUGAUGAAUACAUAUUUGUGUAGUGCAGUAUUUUCUUACAUAUC